AUGAAUCCUAUUAAUAAUAGGGGUCAAAAGGAGUUGGGAAUGAUAGCCAAAAAUCAUGAACCAAACCCAUUGGCUCUGCAGGUGAUGGAUGAUGAACAAGGUGAAGAGGAAGACUUGGGGGAGGACAUAGAGGAGGAAUCUACAGCGGCAAACUUUAAACAAGCAGUGAGAGAUGGUGAUAUUUCUCCCAAAAGUAUGGACAAGAAGAAAUCAGUUGGCAAACCUUCAAGGAGACAAAAGAAAGAUAGAUUGAUGGAACCUUGGCAAGACAUCAACAAGUUGGAGGAAUAUAGAAGGAAGCUGGGGAUUCACUCUGCUUAUGCUAAUAUGAAUGGCAAGAUAUGGGCUUUUGUUGAUGAAGAUAUUGAUGUAGACAUUGUGAUGAACAUGAAACAACAAAUGACAUUGAAGCUAUUUCAUAGGAAUAUGAGUAAGGAGUUAUAUAUGAUACUAUUAUAUGCCAAAUGUGAUGCUAUAGCAAGAAUUGAGCUAUGGGAUUCCAUGUACCACUUAGCUUCAGAUAUGGAAUCUCCUUGGCUUGUAGGAGGAGAUUUCAAUGUGAUUCUAUCUGAGGAGGAGAAAGUGUACUUGACUGAAGUUGAAGACUUUACACAUUGUAUGGACACAUGUACAUUGUAUAAUCUGGGCUUCAAAGGGAGUUUGUAUACUUGGUGGAAUGGAAGUUCUGAUAUUGAUUGCAUCUUUAAGAGGCAAGAUAGGUUCUUUACAAAUCAACAGUUUUUAGAUUUAUUCCCAGCAUUAGAGCUUGGAGCAAAGGAGACAUUUGGAGACAUUUUUAAACAAGUUGCAGCACUGGAGGAUGUAAUUAAGGUGCAUGAGAUAGAGUUUGAAUUGAAUCCAACAGCCCAGAAUAGAGCAAAAUUGCAUAAGGUAGAAGCUGAUCUUACAAAAUACUAUCACCUUGAAGAAGAGUUGUGGAGACAAAAGGCUGGAAUGCAGUGGUUUAAGGAUGGGGAUAGAAAAACUAAGUUCUUUCAUGCUCAUGUGAGAGGCAAGAGGAAAAGGUUGCAAGUAUCUAGAAUAUUGGACAAAAAUGAUAAUUGGAUUGAAUCCCAGGAAGAAAUGGAAAAGGAGGCAGUAGACUGUUUCCAGGCUCAAUUCACUGAAGAAAGGAUUCCUAAUAACUUUGAUAUCAUUAAUCAUGUCCAUAGGAUGAUUUCUGCUGAGCAAAAUGAAAGGAUGUGGGAAGAACCCACUAUGGAAGAGGUUAAGGCAGCAGUGUAUGGUCUGAAUGGUACUAGUGCUAGUGGUCCUGAUGGAUUCACUGGUCAGUUAAAUCAUGCCAGCUGGGAGGUUAUUUGUGUUGAUGUGUGA